GGCCGUUCCAUGAAGAAUGGAAAGGGUGCCGGCAGUCGGCAAAUUCACCUGGUUUGCAAGACUUGCACAAGUUGGUUUGUUAAAGGCUGCCUACAGAAGGGGGGUGAUUUCAAGAUCGCACCAGUAGAGGGCUCGCAUGUCGACUGUGCUGGGGGUGGGCGGACGAGCUCCGCAGUGGUACAACCCCUGGUGGACCAGUUGGUUAGGGCCAACCCCAAGAUCGCCGGUCCCGCGAUCAAGAGGACCCUGAAGACCGUGGGGUUUACCGUCUCCGACCGGCAAUCACAACGCGCGAAGAAGCGCAUUGCGACCGCGUCUAAGGAGGAUGAAGCGGGUGCCAUUUCGCGUCUUCCAUCCCUUGUCGAAGGGAUCGAGCGCGAUUGUCCGGGUUCGGUCGCCACCGUCGAGGUAAGAGUUUGAUCGGGACCCUUUUGUUCAAUGUGCACGUGAUGCAGCCGUGCAAGGUUGGGCAAGGACUCCAGACAACAGCAAUACCACAUGUACCCUAGCAUGUUGUACAUGUGCCGUCGUCACGUUCCGUAGGCUCUGGGCACAACUAUUGUAGGCUACCCUCGCUUCUUACUCGUCUCCAUCCAAAUAAAUGAUCCAUCCCCGCACGCGAUGUGUGAGCGACGUGCAGCCC